AUGGUGGAGAAAAUUACACCUGACCAAAUUGAUGACAUCAUUUCCGCCGAAAUUCCUGAUGUUGAAAUAGAUCCAGAGUUGUACGAAGUGGUGAUGGCCAAUAUGGUGCAUGGGCCAUGCGGAGAACACGAUCCAUCUUCGGUUUGUAUGUCGGACAGUAAAUGCAAAAAACGCGAUCCCCGUGCUUUUAUUUUGGAAACUCAAACUGGAAACGACGGAUACCCUCUCUAUCGGCGUCGCUCACCCGCUGACAAUGGCAGAACAUUCAUCACUCAAUUGAAAGGAAAGAAUUUCGUGGUUGAUAACACAUGGAUCGUUCCAUAUUCGCCAAUUUUGUCUAAGGCAUUCAAAACACAUAUAAAUGUUGAGUAUUGCAGUUCAAUAAAAUCAAUUAAGUAUGUUUGCAAAUAUGUCUCCAAAGGAAGCGAUAUGGCGGUUAUUGGCGUUGAACGAGAUGAAAUUAGCAAAUUUCAAAUGGGCGGAUAUGUGAACUGCAAUGAAGCAAUCUGGAGAAUAUUUUCAUUUGCAAUUCAUGAACGCCAUCCUACUGUUGUGCAUCUGGCAGCUCAUUUCGAGAAUGGCCAGCGAGUUUAUUUCAACGCAGAGAACAUAUUACAGCGAAUGGAAAUACCACCAGCAACCACUUUAACAAGUUUCUUUGCAACUUGCACCAGUGAUCCGUUCGAGAGAACAUUGCUUUACUCGGAGAUGCCUCGGUAUUAUACAUGGAAUGCAUCUUCGAAGAAAUGGUUGCGCAGGAAGAGCGGACAUCCGGUAGAUGGUUACCCAGGUGUUUUUUCAACUGAUGCAUUGGGAAGAAUUUACACAAUCCAUCCAAAGGACGAUGAUUGUUUUUACCUACGUUUGCUUUUGAUUAAUGUACGCGGUUCAACUUCAUUUGAAUCAUUGAGGACUGUAGAUGGUACCAUUUGUACAACAUUUCGAGAAGCAUGUCAACAAUUGCAAUUGCUUGAACACGACAGUCACUGGAAUCAAACGCUAGCGGAUGCAAUAGCUUCUUCACCAGCCACUGCAGUUCGUACACUUUCGACACGUCAGCCUUCAAACCCGUGUCUAUUAUGGGAUACGUACAAAGAUGACAUGGCAGAAGAUAUUUUGCAUCGCCUGCGAUUAGCGACGAGAAAUGUCGACUUACAAAUGAACGCUGACAUCUAUAAUGAAGCAUUAGUCCUUAUUGAAGAUUUAUGUUUACUUAUGAGUAGAAAACUAUUGAUUGAAGUUCAUAUGCCGGCACCAAGUUGUCAAACAAAGGAUUUAGUGAGUCGCGAAUUGGAACGCGAGCGUGCUUACGAUAUAACUCACUUGCAACAACAAGUACAAACAAAUGUUCCACUGUUGAAUGAACAGCAAAGCAGUGCGUACAAUCAGCUAAUAAAUGCUGUAGAUAGUGGAAACGGUGGCAUAUUUUACCUCGAUGUGCCCGGCGGGACUGGCAAAACGUUCCUAUUGUCUUUAAUACUAGCAGCAAUACGUGGUCAAGGUGGUAUUGCAUUAGCUCUUGCAUCUACCGGGAUUGCUGCAACACUGUUAGAAGGUGGAAGGCUUCCAUUAAACUCGCAAAUACACGAAGGUCCUGUUUGCAAUAUUUCAAAGCAAUCAGCAAUGGCACAAGUUUUAAAAAAAUGUAAGUUAAUCAUAUGGGAUGAAUGCACAAUGGCCCACAAACGAUCAUUAGAAACACUCGACCGAACACUGAGAGAUUUGCGCUACAAUAAUCGUUGCUUUGGAGGAGUGAUGAUAUUGCUGGCGGGCGACUUUAGACAAACACUUCCCGUGAUUCCAAAAUCAACAGCGGCGGAUGAGCUAAACGCAUGUCUGAAGUCAUCGCAUUUGUGGAGGUUUGUUAAAACCAUUUCAUUGACCAUGAAUAUGCGAGUUUUGCUGCAAAACGAUAAAACUGCGGAGGUUUUUUCAAAAGAGCUGCUGCGAAUCGGAAAUGGACAAGUUCCGAUAGAUCCUUGCAAUGGAUUAAUAUCGAUUCCAACUACGAUUUGCCAAUUCACAUCUAAUAAAUAUGUACUAAUCAGUAGUGUAUAUCCAAAUAUUGCUCAAAAUUAUGGUAACUACGAUUGGUUAAGCACGCGCGCAAUUUUAGCAGCAAAAAAUAUGGAUGUCAACGACUUGAAUUGGACGAUUCAAAAUCAAAUUCCGGGAGAUCUGCGUUCAUAUAAAUCAAUCGAUCGCGUUGAAAAUGAAGACGGGGUAGUAAAUUACCCAGUGGAGUUCUUAAACUCUUUGAUGCCGCCUGGAAUGGCGCCUCAUAAUUUGCGUCUCAAAGUUGGGUCUGUAGUUAUUAUGCUACGGAAUCUUUAUGCUCCCAAACUGUGCAAUGGUACUCGACUGAUUGUGACCAAGCUAAUUGACAGUUUAAUAGUGGCACGCAUUUUGAAAGGCCCGUUCAAGGAAGAGGAAUGCUUACUUCCCCGAAUUCCAUUAACUUCAACAGAUUUGCCAUUCCAAUUCAUACGUUUGCAGUUCCCAGUAAAACUUGCAUUUGCGAUGACAAUAAACAAGUCACAAGGGCAGUCGCUGGAAGUAUGCGGCAUAAAUUUAGAAAUGUUUUGCUUUUCACAUGGCCAGCUCUAUGUGGCGUGUUCCCGUGUUGGAAAACCUUCCUCACUGUUUAUUUACGCCACGGAACAGAAAACCAAAAAUAUCGUGUACCGUGCAGCCCUAAACUAA